CUCUGUCACCAAAUCAAUUCACAACAACAAAAAAUCUGAAACAUCGUAUUCGUAUCGUGCGGUUACCAAUUUGUCUGUGUAUAUACUUUUACCGUGCCUAUCGCUUGUUAUAAACACUUCCAAUCGCUGCCUUUCUACAUUAUUCGAAAUUGUAGCAGUAUUUCGUACGUGUGGCGGUGCAAGUGCAAUUACAUAACUACUGCGUCACACAAAUCCUUGCUGAAUCUGCGAUAGGAACGAAAGUAAUAUUGACCUACAAACCCUGUAUUCGUUGCGUUUCCUCAGAGUCACCGGUAACAUGAGUAUCCUUAUGAAGGUGAGCAGCGCUGCUUUGCGCCAAAACGCCAAAGCCAAUAUUGUAGAUACUGUCUCGCGUGCUUCGUCCCACUUUGUCUACACUCCGGAUGCGAAAGCUCCCGUGAAGGGUCCUAGCAGCAAGAUGAACAUGUUUCAGGCCAUCAACAAUGCUAUGGAUAUUGCCCUGGAACGAGACAGUUCGGCGAUGGUGUUUGGAGAAGACGUUGCCUUCGGAGGAGUUUUCCGGUGUUCAAUGGGACUGCAGAAAAAGUACGGCAAGGAUCGAGUUUUCAAUACACCUCUGUGUGAGCAAGGCAUCGCCGGUUUUGCAAUUGGUGUGGCCAGCACUGGGGCAACAGCUAUCGCAGAAAUACAGUUUGCUGACUACAUAUUUCCUGCGUUUGAUCAAAUCGUUAAUGAAGCGGCCAAAUAUCGAUAUCGAAGCGGAAAUUUGUUCGACUGUGGAUCGCUCGUGUUCCGAGCUCCAUGCGGGGCAGUUGGGCAUGGAGCUUGUUACCAUUCGCAGAGCCCUGAAGCGUACUUUGCCCACACUCCCGGCUUGAAGGUCGUAGUACCACGGGGACCUAACAAGGCUAAAGGUUUGCUUCUAGCAUGCAUUAAGGAAAAGGAUCCUUGCAUUGUGUUCGAACCGAAAACUUUGUACCGGGCAGCGGUGGAAGAGGUCCCGGAUGAAGCGUUCGAAUGUGCCAUUGGAAAAGCUGAUGUGCUAAGGGUGGGUACGGAUGUUACAUUGAUUGGAUGGGGAACACAGAUUCAUGUGUUAUCCGAGGUAGCCAAUAUGGCCAAAAAAGAGCAUGGUGUCAAUAGCGAGGUGAUCGAUCUGGUGUCGAUUUUACCCUGGGAUAAGGAAACGGUGUGUAAUUCGGUCAAGAAAACCGGGCGCGUACUGAUCGCUCAUGAAGCACCACUGACCAGUGGAUUUGGAGCAGAGCUGGCCGCUACCAUUCAGGAAGAGUGCUUCCUUCAUUUGGAGGCACCGAUUGCACGAGUGACCGGAUGGGACACUCCAUUUCCGCACGUUUUUGAGCCGUUCUAUAUUCCCGACAAGUAUCGCUGUCUGGCGGGAGUUAAGAAGCUGGUUGACUACUAACGAAUCCGUUUCGAUCCCACUGUUGCUCAAAGUGAAUCUUCACUCUAAAAAUUUUGGAAGCUCUUAUUGAUUUUAUGGCAAGUGAGACUUUUUUUGCAUUUAUUAGGUUUAGGAUGCGUGGGAUAUAAUCGAAUAGCGUAAUAAUAUUCAUAUUGCAAGAACACGAAAAUAAA